AUGCCCCCAUUAAGUCGUGGGGUGGUUGGUUCUAAGGCAGACGAAAUAGAGGGUGUACGUACACCUCAGCCGCUGCGGGCCCUGCAGGCUCAAAUAGAAACAGAAAAGGAGAGACAAAGAGAAAGACAGAGAGAAGGAGAGACAAAGAGACAGAGAGACAAAGAGACAGAAAGAGAGACAGAGAAACAGAGAGACAGAGAGACAGAAAGAAAGAGAGACAGAGAGACAGAGAGACAGAGAGACAAAGAGAAAGAGAGACAGAGAGACAAAGAGAAAGAGAGACAGAGAGACAAAGAGAAAGAAAGAAAGAGAGAAAGAGAGACAGAGAGGGAGACAGAGAGAAAGAGAGACAGAGGGGAGAGAAAGAGAGAAACGGAGACAGAGAGAAAGAGAGACAGAGAGACGGAGACAGAGAGAAACAGAGACAGAGAGAUAGAGAGACAGAGACAGAGAGACAAAGAAAGAUAA